UUCGGGAGAUAGGGAAUGCCCGUUAGUUGCGUCUGCCAAUAAUAGCCCAUAAGCCAGAGCGCCGGCAUCGGGAGAGCAGGAGAGCGCAGGCAGUGCGGAGGACCGAGCCGCCGAGCACAGGAAUGGUACACUAGGAGGAGGAGGAGGAGGAGGCAGGCGCACUCAGAGAGAGCCAGGGCAUCGGAGGAGAGAGGAGCAGAGCGGCGAAGAGAAAAAGUUACCGGGUCAGCAAGAUAACGCGGAGAAGCGGUGCAACUGGGACUCACCGCUCUCUUUUCCCGGCAGCAAUAAGCAGCAGAGGAGGAGAGUGAUUAUUACAAGAGGGGACGGAGGGAGUGCUGUAACUUCUUCCCAGGAAAGACGGUCCUGUCACAAUUCCCCCCGCAGGUCUCCUCUGCAGAGACGCAUGACUAUCCCAGCAAGACAGCUGCAGCGCAGGAGACACUUGGGUCUGGCAAAAGGUGCCUGAAAUGUGCCGUUGUACUCACUUCUCUGCUGAAGCGUUUCCCACCCAGCUGAAGUGGAAGUAGUUGUUCUUCUGGAAGACUUUUAUCUUUUUUGUUGCUUCAGAGUUUGAAGCAGUGGUGACUUGGUGGCUCAUUUGUCCAGUCCUUUCAUCCCUGAGACUAUGGUAGCCGGUGCGUCGGGGAGCCCUUCAUCAGCAGCUACAGCCCCAGAGCAUGGAGAAGUCCAGCAGUGAGGAGUCAGCCAUUCACCGCAGCCCCUCGGUAGACAGCCCGGACUCCGACUUUGCCCAAGCCUCCACGUCUGGCCACCCGUUUGGCGGCCGCGGCUUCACUGCCGGCGCGUUCUACGGCUCCACGGGCCCGCGCAAGGACGCGCAGCAGGGCCAGGCUGGAGUGGCCGCUGACGCCGGCGCCGGAGACAAGACCAACAACAAGUACAGCUCUCCCAAAGGCAGCAAAUACGUAGUCUUUUACCUGGAUCUAUCCUUUGUGUUCCUUUUAGAACUCAAGAAGUGCAACAUGGCAAGGGGCUGCCUCUGCUGCUUGAAGUAUAUGAUGUUCAUCUUCAAUCUCAUCUUCUGGUUAUGCGGCUGCGGGCUGCUCGGCGUGGGCAUCUGGCUUUCUGUGUCGCAGGGCAGUUUCGCCACCUUCUCACCCUCGUUCCCCUCGCUGUCGGCCGCCAACAUGGUCAUCACCAUCGGCGCUAUCGUCAUGGUAACAGGCUUCCUAGGUUGCCUCGGGGCCAUCAAGGAGAAGAAGUGCCUGCUUCUGAGCUUCUUCAUUGUCCUGCUGAUAAUUCUCCUGGCAGAGCUGAUAUUGCUCAUCCUGUUCUUUGUGUACUCAGAUAAGGUGAGCGAGAACUGCAAGCAGGAUCUGAAGGACGGGCUGGCUCUCUACAACUCCGACAACAACAUAGGCUUACGAAAUGCCUGGAACAUCAUCCAGGCCGAGUGGAAGUGCUGCGGUGUGAUCGCGUACAGCGACUGGCACGAGGCCCUGCAGGAGAAGAUGGUACCAGACCGCUGCUGCCAGGAGCAUUACCAGGACUGCGGGAAAAACUCAACAAAUAUGUUCUGGAACAGGGGCUGCUUUGAGAAAGUGGAGGAGUGGCUGGAUGACAACAAGCACCUGCUUGGAACCAUAGGCAUGGUCAUCUUGGUAGUGCAGCUGCUGGGCAUGGCGUUCUCCAUGACGCUGUUCCACCACAUCCACAGAACAGGGAAGAAGUACGAUGCUUAGACUCGGAGGGAGGCUUCCAAUGGAGAGGAGCCCCGCUGCCCGAUGGGAUAAGACUUUACAACCUUCUAUGCGCCCCCACCCCCACCACCACCCACUUAUCCCAAACCUUCUGUACAGAUUCCAGCUGUCUCCGCUCCAUUCUGCUAUCUCCUCUCACAACAUUCAUUUUGCCAAAGAGUAACACAACUGGAAGAGAAGGGACAGCUACUUUUGGCAAGGAAGUGAAUCCCAUUCGGGUUUUCACUCCCUUAUUUUUUCUUGCUUGGACUAACAAUUUUGCUGGAAGGAAGGACAGACUGAGACAAUGAAGACUUUACUAAUGCCGGCACACCUUCUCCGAGGGCAAAGAGAACAUAGACAGCUGAUAAUUACCCUCCAACAUUUGUGGAGCUUCUUUUUUCGUCAUGUUUAUUAAAGUCAAGGCACCUUGUCACUUGUAAAUGAGAAAAGUUUCAACAUUGUUUCUACUUUACUGGUUUAUCUUUGUUGUUGAAAUGUCAAACGUCUUAAUUUUUCCUUUUUUGUAUGUCGUCAGUACUGCAAAGUGUAAGUAUUGAACUGAUCGGUGCAAUGAGCUCAGAUGGAUUUGGCGUUAUGCAGCUGUUGAGGGACACGUGGGGAUGAUAUUUAGUGUAAUAGAUAAUUAUUGUUUUUAUGCAGAUUAUAUAUUUUGGUAAAUCAAGCUUCAUAGAGGAACGUCAUGUAGGAGUGAGAAAUAAUCAGUGAACAUUUUUUAAACAAAAAUAUUCUUCUCCGAACAAUAAAUGGUCAUGCAAAAGUCUACUGGUGAACGCACACACACACACACACACACACACACACACACACACACACACACACACACACACACACACACACACACACACACACACACUUUGUACUGCAACACGUCAACAGCAUUCAAAUAGUGUAACAUGGCUGUUUAUUAGGGCUCCACCGGGACGGUCGAGUGAAGAGAGAUGGGUCAUUCAGUUCCAGUGUUUGUGUGUUGAUGGGUUUUACCAUGUCGUCCAAGCUGCAGAGGAAAGUAACAACAUGGUGCAAAACGAGGGCACGAGGGGUAAAAAGCAGAGCGGCCAUGUUGUGUCUCGGCUACAUUCUUUUCAGCGCAGGUGGCACAAAUUCUCUCUGUCCCUUUCCACAGAAGGAAAUAUGGGCUUUAUGCUUCGUUUGUACCCACAAUAGCUGACAUUCCAACUCAUCACACAGUUAGUCUGGUUUGCGACUUCAAAGAUUUCGGGUAAGCUUCCCUUUCUUGCAGCCGCGGCGGAGGAGGAUCAUCGAAGCUGAGACCGCUAGGUACGGCAGCAAACCUUACAGGACAGGAUUGUUUAAGUCUAUUUAGUGCUGAUUCGCUAAAAGAGUGUAUGCUGAGAAUACUUUAUCUAUCUGGUUUGGCGACUUAAAGAAAAAAGCCCUCCAAUGCUUCUCCUCUGAGCUUCAAAAUAUCUGUGUUAGUAGUGGUGGUGUAAAAGUCCAGCUUAUUCUUAAAAGAAUUAGUCCAGUUGGAGCCGUAAUUUCAACAAUGAGGCCAGAAACAGUCAAACAAUUAAAACAGGAAGUAAAUUCUUUAAAAUCAUGUUGAAUGUUUACAACAGUUAGUUUAACUCAUAAUUUCCUGUUCACCUUUAUUUCCUCUCAAAAUAAUUUUCGCCAACCGUUGGCCUAAAAUUCUAUUCCAUCAUUUGUAUGCUCCCGUUUCUAUAAUUUGACAAUGAGACGGAAUAAACGCCCUUUUCAAAGAAGA